CCCCCGCCCCCCGCCCGCCCCUCCGGCCGCCUCUGCCGCCGCGCGCCGCAGCAGCGCCGCCUUCCCUGCGCAGUCGGUGUCUCCGCGUCGCUGGGUGGGACUUGGCUCGGUGGCUAUGGGCAAGCAAAACAGCAAGCUGCGGCCAGAGAUGCUGCAGGACCUGCGGGAGAACACAGAGUUCUCCGAGCUGGAGCUGCAGGAGUGGUACAAGGGCUUCCUCAAGGACUGCCCCACAGGCAUCCUCAACGUGGACGAGUUCAAGAAGAUCUAUGCCAACUUCUUCCCCUACGGUGACGCCUCCAAGUUUGCGGAGCAUGUCUUCCGCACCUUCGACACCAACAGCGACGGCACCAUCGACUUCCGGGAGUUCAUCAUCGCGCUGAGCGUGACCUCGCGGGGCCGCCUGGAGCAGAAGCUCAUGUGGGCCUUCAGCAUGUAUGACUUGGACGGCAACGGCUACAUCAGCCGCGAGGAGAUGCUGGAGAUCGUGCAGGCCAUUUACAAGAUGGUUUCGUCCGUAAUGAAGAUGCCGGAGGACGAGUCGACCCCGGAAAAGAGGACCGAGAAAAUCUUCCGCCAAAUGGACACAAACAACGACGGCAAGCUGUCCCUGGAGGAGUUCAUCCGCGGGGCCAAAAGCGACCCGUCCAUCGUGCGUCUGCUGCAGUGCGACCCCAGCAGCGCCUCCCAGUUCUGAGCGAGAGGAGCCAGGUUUCCCGUCCCUGCCUUCACCGACCCUCUCCCGGCUCUCAGCUUCCUCGCCCUUGUGUCUAUCCAAGCUGGGGGGCAGAUGGCCACCCCCAGGGUCUGCACUCUUAGUGGGGGAAGCCUAUAGGGAAUGGAACCUGCUGUCCCCCCAAGGCCCAAGCCAGCAAGUGGUUAGCACCCUCACCCCACCGCCCCACCCCAUCCAUCCAAGAGGCAAUUAUCAGCCUUACGCAAUGAUUGAGACAAGGGUUCUGGCCUGGUCUGCCCCUCAGAGUCAGCCCUCCCUUACCUAGAUAUGCGGACUUAAGCCACUCUCCCCUCCCCUGUAGCCCCCACCCCCCAGCCAUGAGGCCAGACUUCCCUCCCCUAACCAUGGGGCAAGCUCCCCCACCUCCACCCCCACCCUUGUAGAUCUCAGCCUUGGUGGAGCUGGGAAUCACACCCAUGUAAGGAGCUUGUCUUUUUAUUUGGAGGGGAGAGAAGGAUUCCAGAGGCCUAGAGGCUUGAGGAGAAACCAUCUUUGAGCCAUCCUUCCUGGCAGGAGGGCCUUAACCCCGCCUGCUCCUGCCCUUGCUGGCCUGGAGGCCCAGGUGCAAGAGGGAAACCUCCCGUUUCCAGCCCUCCAGCUGUGAGGCCCAGGAUCCCACGCCUGCGUUUUGGCAUUGUGAUGAACACAAACCCACGGACCCCUCUUUGUAUCCCUCAGAUACACACGCAGACCCGCAGACAGACAGGCAGACACAACUGGAGCGCCCCACCCCCCACCUCAAAGCGUCCUGUAUGGAAAAGAAGAACAGACCCCCCCUGGCCGUACCCUCCCCCGCUGCAUGCGCCCACAUGGAGCAUCUCUGUUCUUUUUAAUGACUUCAGAAUAAAGUCUCCUUUCAGUGCA